GCCUAACACCUCCUGCACACUUCAAAUAAUUAUCAAAUUUCUAGAUCAACACAAGAACAGCCGAGACUAACACCUCACAACAUUGAUUUCGAUUAUUUUCGUAAUAUUCAGCAAAACCUUCCCUUUCUCUGCCCUAAAUUUACGCUCAACACGACCCCACGAUGCCUCCCAAGGAGAAGUCCACCCCGGAUUCUGCGCCCUCCCAUGAGAUUACCGGCCAGAGCGCUCUUCCUAUUUCGCGGAUAAAGAAAAUCAUCCAACUAGACGAGGACAUAGUACAAUGUUCAAGCAACGCUACGUUUGUAAUCGCGAUGGCUACAGAAAUGUUCAUCCAAUAUCUCACAGAACAAGGGCAUAAUGUCGUCAAAUCCGAACGGAAACCACGAAAGCUUAUCCAAUACAAAGACUUAGCUACGGCGGUUUCGCGGAUCGAUAAUCUAGAAUUCCUCUCCGACGUUAUCCCCAAGACAACAACCUAUAAACAAUUCAAGGAAAAGAAGGCCAAGGAAGCCAUCAGAGAAGCCGAGAUCGAGAAAGGACAGCGCACACUGAAUGGAACGGUACCGCAUGCCAAUGGAGAGUCAGAGCAUCAGGAAGAACUACAAGCUAUAGAAGAAAAGCCGUCAAAGAGCCCUCGGACGCCGGUGGUCAUGCAUGCGACUGGCGCAGUGAGCACGCUGGUAGUCGAUCGGACUGUUGACAACCAGAGCAAGGGAGAGGACGGGGAUGUGGAAAUGGUUGACCAGUAACCUGGACCUCUAUAAUGUUCCAAUAUCAACCGAUGGAGUUGCAUGUAUGGGGAGUUCUGGGUUUGGGUGCUUCUUUUAUGGGCAAAAAGAUCGUGUUAUGGUCACCUUUGCAUUUGGGUUAAUUGGGAAUGGACGGAACGGGAAAUCACGGGCAAAAUGGUCUCCGUCAGCUUGGGAACAAGUCACUCGUUG